GCCACUCUACGGGCUUGGGCUUGCGGGAAAGAUGGAGUAUCCAGUGUUGGGAGAUGUGGAUGCUGCGGAUGGCGGAAGGGCCGAGCCAUACAACGGCUCGGAAGAGCGGGAGGGUGGGGAACCGGACGGGGCGCGCUUCGACCGCGAGAGGGCGCGCCGGCUGUGGGAAGCAGUGUCCAGUACUCAGCCGGUGGGGAGGGAGGAAGACCCAUUGUCUCACUAUAUAGCCCUCUCUGCCCUUGAAACAUUUAAUCCCUUUUGCCUCACCCUUCCAAAUACUGGAAUUAGAGUGGAACACAUGAUCCAGAAGAAUCAGUGUCUCUUCACCAACACCCAGUGUAAGGUUUGCUGUGCCUUACUGAUUUCUGAGUCCCAGAAGCUGGCACAUUACCAGAGCAAAAAACAUGCCAACAAAGUGAAGAGAUACCUAGCAAUCCAUGGAAUGGAGACAUUAAAGGGGGAAACGAAGAGGCUAGACUCAGAUCAGAAGAGCAGCAGAAGCAAAGACAAGAACCAGUGCUGCCCCAUCUGUAACAUGACCUUUUCCUCCCCUGUUGUGGCCCAGUCGCAUUACCUGGGGAAGACCCACGCAAAGAACUUAAAGCUGAAGCAGCAAUCCACUAAGGUGGAAGCCUUGCAUCAGAAUAGAGAGAUGAUAGACCCAGACAAGUUCUGCAGCCUCUGCCAUGCAACUUUCAAUGACCCCAUUAUGGCUCAACAACAUUAUGCGGGCAAGAAACACAGGAAGCAGGAGACCAAGCUCAAACUCAUGGCACACUACGGACGACUAGCAGACCCUGCUGUCACUGAUUUAUCAGCCAUUCUGUUUGUACUCAAGAUUUGAACUCAAGUCCCGACUUCCAAUUAGGGCCUCUUAAAGAACUCUCAGCACUCCAGAGAUCAGAUUUGGAUUUCUCUACCCUGGAACAGUGUUAGUGACAAUGCGCAGGAUCUAUGGAUAGUCAAGCAGUUAAACAUCAGAGGAAGCUCCUGCUCAUGGCACUGGUGGCCAGGGAAGGUCUCAUCUCACAGAGAGGCAUCAGCUCCGGAGAGGUGGUCUGGUGUCAUGGUAAACUCGAACUUGGAAUUAGGCAACCAAGGUUCAGAUCUCAGCUCUUCUCUGGCCAAGCUGUGUUCUCCACCAGACAGAAGAACUGUCCAGUGAUCUUGGUUAGUUAAUUUAUACUUCAAAGAGAGACAGUUAAAGGAUAGCUAACUGUAAUCCCAGCACUUGGGAGGCUGAGGCAAGAGGACUGCCACGAGCUCAAGGCCAAUCUGAGCUAGGGUGCGUUCAAGGCCAGCUUGGUCUACAUAGUGAAAGCCUGUCUCAAAAUAAAAAAUAGGCUGGGGAUACCUGGUACUGCUAAAAAAUUAAGUAAAUAAAUAGUCAUAUUGGGCAGAGUGGUGCACACUUGUAAUUCCAGUACUGGGAAGGCUGAGGCAGGAGGAUUGCUGCGUGUUUAAGGCCAGCCUGGACUAUAUAUCAAGACCCAAUCUCAGUCAGUCAGUCAAUCAAUCAGUCAAUGCCACCACCAAAUUCAUGUGACCUGAGGUCUUGAUUCUGUAAAGUGUAAGUUGGAAGAAGCCACUGUUCCCAGCUGGAUUCCUGAAGUAGUCGUGAUGGACAGUUAUGGGUUCUUCCCAAAAUGAAUAAAGAAGAAACCAUUCCCCCACAGCAGCCUCUGCCAGAUAAACUGUCCCUCUCUCCACCCAGACCCAUGAUGCAGUCACUCGCUCCAUCCACUUAACAGCCUCUGCUCUAUGCCAACCCCGCAUCCCCGGAGAAGACCGGACAUUGCUUUUCCUGCGCGCCCCAUCCCACUCUCUACACACGGUGUCACAGCAGCCCGGCUCUCUGCACAGGGAACUCGGUGGCCACUAGAUGGAGAAUGCGCCUUUGUGCUGAGCACGGCAGACUGGCCUCAGGACCUCACUACUGACCAGAGGAGAGCUCUUCUGCAGCUCCAUCGUAUUUGAUAUUUCAAUUACCCGUCCAGACAACUGGAAAAGACUUGAUUUCACAUGAAAAACAAAACAAAACAACCCAAGGCAAAGAAUUGGCAGAGCUUGCAAAACCAAAUAGCCCUGGAGAGAGCUGACCCAUGCUCCCAGUUGUUCUUUGCCUAUCUGCUCCCUACUUCUUUAGGAGCCUUAGGACAUUUUGGUCAGGACUUCUCUUGGGGAAGGCUAUAAUUUAGUGACCUCCUUGGGAGCUGCCUGAUGUCUGGCCUGAUCCGCAUGCUCUACACUGUUCCUUUUGGGCAUAGCUGCUCUGUUCUUAGACUCUGAGCUCCUGAGGCGCAGAUCUCAAGCCCAGAUUCCAGAAGACAAGCCUGAGACCCAGCGUGAGCAAUCAGAAUCUAAGUGUAGAUCAGCCUACCGACAUCAUAAGGGAAAUCUGCCUGAGCAUUAAGUCAACACAGAGAAUCACCCAACCGAUAAGACUGAUUUCUUGUUUUUUGUUUCUGAGUUUUUUUGGUUGUUUUAUUUUUUAUUUUUGGAAUGGGCUUCUUCUAUUUUUUUUUUUAAUCUUUUUAUCGGUACCGGGGAUCAAACUCACGACCGCCUGCUUGCAAGGCAGGUGCUUAUGCCGCUGAGCUAAAUCCCUAGCCCUGAUUCUUCUAUUCUUUGAGACAGAGUCUCACUGAGUCACCAAAUUGCCCAAACAGACCCUGAAUUCAGGAUCCUCAUGCGUCACCCACCCAUCCUCGUAGAGUCCUGUAGAGCAGAUUGUGUUUUUUUUUUUUUUUUUUUUUUUACUUUGCUUUGACCUUUUUGGGGUGGGGGCAGUGGAAUUAUAGGCAAAUGCCCUAACAAGCAGAUGCUGCUGACCGCUGAGUACCUGGACCCAGUCUGGCCUAAAGCAAGUAUCCCCAGGAGUUGUUGGUAAUGAUUUUGCCUUAAAUCCUUUUGAACUUGGUUUCUUUCUUUCCACUUUUUUUGGGGUUUUUUUUUGGGGGGGGUUGUUUGUUUUUGAGACAGGGUCUUGCUGCAUAGGUCAGGCAGGCCUUGAACUCAUUACAUAGCCUAGGCUGGCCUUGAAUUUGUGGUGAUUCUCCUGUCUCAGCCUCCUGAGUGCUAGGAUUACAGGAGUAUACCACUAUACCCAGCUGAAUUUGGUUUCUGCCCCUUCUGAUCCACAGCUCUGCCUAGGAAGUAGAGACAUAGCUCAGUGGUAGGGUGCUUGACCAGUAUGCCAGGGGCCCUGGGUUUGAUCUUCAUACUAAAGGGAGAAAAAAACUGCCUGUUACUUCUUUCCCUGGCUUUUUCAGCUUAGAGACCUCCUCUCAUACUAAAAAGAUCACUGACUCCCAACCUUGAGCUACCUGGCUGCCCUUUCUAAAUGGAAUUUCCCUGUGAUCUCUUCUGGCAUUACUCUUGAUAUACUGUUAUCAUCUAUUUAAUUCCUGGCUUCUGAGUUGAACUUGAUGGCUCAUGCCUGUAAUCCCAGAAGUUGGGAGGCUGAGGCAGGAGGAUCCUCACAAAUUCAAGGCCAACCUGGACUACAUAGUGAGUUUGAGGCUAGCCUGGGCUACAUAGAGAGACUCUAUCUCCCCAAAAAAUCCUGACUUCCUUGUUUUUUGUUUUUGAUACUGAGAAUUGAACUCAGGACCUUUUGCUUGCCAAGCAGGGGCUUUCGCCACUGAACUAUAUAUAUUUGGGGGUGGGCUGGCCUCCUCUUUUAGAUUAGAAACUUUAGGGUAGGAACUAGAUCUUAUUCAUCAUACCGGAUCCCUGGUGCCUAGAAAAGGGCUGUGAUUAUUUUUCUUUUUGUUGUCAUGCUGGGGAUCAAACUCAGGCCUGUACUCUAGGCAAGUUGGGCAAGAACUCUACACUGAGGUACACCCCAACCAUGUAGGACUUCAUGUAGAUGAACCCCUACAUGUAGAUGAACCCCAACUGCAGGGUUGAUGAACCUUUUAGCAACCAAGAGCCCAUCCUGCAACCCAAAACCAGUUGAUUUAUUACAAAGUGCCAACCCUGCAAUUAAACCUUAAUACUGAUGUUUUAGUUUAGAAAGAACAAUUGUUUUCUGAUGUUUGGCUACUGGGGUUGUGUGGCUCACAAGCCAAUUGAGAGGCCUCUGCUUGCCAUAGGUUUGUCACCAUGGUUCUAUUGGUUAUGAAGAUCAAAGGAGCCAGCUUGCUGGGAUGAGACUGGUGUCAGUGAAAGGGUUUAGAAGAGCUGGGUUGUGCCCGUUUGGUGGUGCAUGCCUGUCAUCCCAGCUCUCAGAAGACUAAGGCAGAAGGAUGGCCAUGAGUGCAAGACCAACAUAAGCAAGUUCAAAGCCCACCUGCACUAUGUAGGGAGACCUCGUCUCAAAAAAAUCAAAAAGAAAAAAAAGAAAAUGUGAGUUGUGAAGUAUAAUAGAUUGGUUUUUGUUUUAUUUAGGUGUUUGUUUGUUUAGAGAACUGGGAACUGAACUCAUGGUCUUUGCACUGAGCUAUAUCUCAACCCUUUUUAUUUUUGAUUUUGAGAUAGGGUCUAAAUUGCCUAGGACAAAUUUGCAAUCCUCCUGCCUGAGGCUCAGAGUCCUGUAGAACAGAUUGUGUUUUUGGUUUUUUUUUUUUUUUUUUUUUUUUUUUUGCUUUACUUUGCUUUGACCUUUUUGGGGUGGGGGCAUUGAGACAGGGUCGCACUAUGUGUCUUAGGCUGGCCUCAAACUCCCAAUGAUCCUCCUGCCUCAGCCUCCUGAGCACUGGGAUUGCAGGUAUGUGCCACCAUGCCAAGUUUAGAAUAGAUUAUUUUCAAAAUGACUUCCCAUGCACCUUGCCUGUGCCCUCUUGCAAUGUGACAGUCCCCAUUAAAACAGAGUGGUCUAUUUCCCAAUCCCUUGAAGCUGGGCCGGCCUUGUGAUUGUCUUUGAUCAGAGAAUGCAAUGACAUGACAUGAGAUAACUUUGAGGGCUAGGACGUAAGAGUCCUCAGAGCAUCAACUCCUGCCACUGUGAAGGGAAGUCUGGGCAAGACUAUGGAGACAGGAAGAGCACACGUGCAGAGAAGCCAACAGCCAGCUCCAUAUGUGCAAGGAGACCAAUUUAGACACUUACUGCAGCCAAUCUAAGGCAUAAGCAACCCCAGGGAGAACAGCAGGUCUGAGCCCAGCUAAUCCACAGGAUUUCAAGAACGAUAAAGUGUUUUAAAUAACAAAGUUUGGGAAUGGCUUAUUGUGCAAUGAAGCCUGAUAGUCACAGGUAUAGUAAUCAUAGUUUAUUCUGUUCAUCCCAUUAUCUAGUCUCCUUUCUUCCAAUGAUAGGAUUUUCCUUGAAGAGACCCACCUUCUGCUUUUGUGAUCUGGGGGAAGGUGAUCUCUGCACUCCCAGAUUGUCCUGGAACCACUGAGAAGGUAUUUCAAAUGGAAAGCCUUGAACCCAGAGCUGUUCAAGGUCUUCUUUGUCAUGGAGCAGUUCCUGGAGGAUGGAACCAGAGGGAAAAAAACAGAAGAGAGAAUGGAUGCUGACUGCUUUCUUGGGUCUGAAAGAUAUAACUGUCCUGAAGCCUGAUCCAUGCCUGGACUUUAAAAUUGUGUGACCGACCUAAUAAUUUCGUGUAAAGCAAUGUAUGUUCCUUGCCCCUGAAUGAAAAGGCUCCUCAGGUUUUAUUGAGACUAGGAAGGUCCAAGGCAGAGGAAAGACAGAGAAUGUGGGAAAAGGAAUUUCCUUUUCCUCAGCUCCUAUUGAAUGUCAGGACCCUAAGCUGAGAUGCAAUCUCUGCCCUGUAGGGCCUUCUGGGUACUGGUGACUCAUCGCCAUAAAGUGCUGAAAGAGAAAUUCCAAUUCAACCAGGCAGACAACAAGAAGAUUGAGCGUAGACGGGGGUGGGUGAGACGGGAAGGUCUCUAGGAAGUGACUUUGGUUUGGUUUUGAUUUGCUUAGGUUUGGUUUGGUUUUUGUAGAGCUAGUGAUCAAAUUCAGUGUUUUGUCUAUGCUAGGUCCAGGUUCUACCACUGAGCUAUAUUCCCACAUACCACAAAUAGUUUUAUAUCCUUCCUUUCAAGCUGUUAGGGUUGUUUUUUGUUUGUUUGUUUUGGUUUAGUUUUUCUUUGGUACCAGGGAUCUAACUCACAACCUCACACUUGCCAGGCAGGUGCUUAUGCUGCUGAGCUAAAUCCCAGACCCUAUAUUAGGCGGGUUUUUUGUUCAUUCAUUCAUUUUUUGUUUUUUUGAGACACAGUCUUCCUGUGUGGCCCAGACUGGCCUCAAACUCAUGGCAUUCCUCCUAGUUCAGCCUCCCGAGUGUACCACCAUGCCCCAGCUUCUCAAGAUGUCAAAUUUAACCCUCUUGGGGCUGGGGAUUUAGCCCAGCGGCAUAAGCACCUGCCUUGCAAGCAGGCGGUCGUGAGUUCGAUCCUUGGUACCGAUAAAAAUGAAAAAGACAAAAAACAAAUCAAAACAAAAUUUAACCCUCUUGCCUCAAGUGUAACUGUAAUUAAUGACUGACUUCUAAUCAGUAGACUAAGACAGAAAUAAUCAGUGUGACUUCCGAAAAUAAGUCGUAAAAGAUAUUGCAGCUUUGGUCUUUCUGUCUUGGAUCACUAGCUGACAUGUUGUGGGGCACUCAAGCGAUGCUAUAGAAAGGCCUUUUGAGAGAAAUGGAAGUCUCCUCAAUGACAGAAAUGCUCAAACUUUUGUUAGGCUCCUGAAUUUUCUGCCAGAGCUCUCUAAGCACUUCCUUGUAAAAUCCAGUUUUACCAAAUAAGCCUGCUAAAUCAGUUUAGCAGGAACUCCCUCUCCUGUGCCUUCUCUAUCUGAUUGGAUUCCUCCCUCCCACCAUCCCCUAGCUGGUAUCUGAUCUUUCGGAGCCUGUGUUUAGCAAGAAUCCUGUUAGUUCUGUUUCCUCAGUCAGUUUCCUUCCUUUGACUUUCACCCUGCUCUUCAGCUAUAAAUUCCUGCUCCCUCAAGUUGUGUCCAGAGUUGAGCCUGCCCUUUUGUGCCCCCUACAAGACCUCAUUACAGUAGUCCUAUGCCUGUCACGAUGGCCCAAGGUAAAAUCUACACACCGAGGUACAGCCCCAGCCCUGUGGCUUUUUUUUUUUUUUUUUAAUCGGUACCGGGGAUCGAACUCAGGACUGCCUGCUUGCAAGGCAGGCGCUUAUGCCGCUGAGCUAAAUCCCCAGCCCCCGUGGCUUUUUGAGAUGGAGUCUUGUUAAGCUGCUAAAUUGCCCAGCUCAGCUCACACCUGCAAUCCUCCUGACUCAGCCUGAAUACAAGGCAAGUGCUCCUGAAUAUUCCCAAUGGGUUCAAACCUUGGUGCCUUUGCAACUGCUGCUCUUGUAGCUAGAAGUGUCCUUUUGUCCUGCCUGUCCCUUCUCCCCUCUUUCCAGUCCUUCCACUAGCCCAUUAGCCACUCAGGUUUCUGAAUUUCCCUCUUUAAGAUCCAUCCCAGAAUAGAUGGAUAUCAGCCCACUUCCUCUCACUAGAAACAGCCCUCAGUUUUUCUUUUAUGUCCUGGUCCUCCACUUCACAGACCAUGAGGGUUAGAGUGAAGGCAGCACUUCACCCUUGGCUGUUAUGGUGUGCAUUUGCUCCCAGUCUAUUCUGAGGCAGACAUGCUAGGUGGUGCAUGUAAUCCCAGCUGCUGAGAAGGCUGAGGCAAGAGAAUCCAAAUUAAAUUGCUGGGGCAAUCUAAUGAGACCCUGUUUCUAAACACAAAGUAAAAAGGACUGCCAAAUUAACUCAGUUCAAGAACUAGGCUUUAAUCGCCAGACCAAACUAAAAGAAUAUUUCAUCUUGGGGGCUGGAGAUUUAGCUCAGCGGCAUAAGCGCCUGCCUUGCAAGCAGGCAGUGGUGAGUUUGAUCCCCGGUACCGAUAAAAACGAAACAGACAAAAAAAAAAAAAAGAAUAUUUCAUCCUCCAGACCACUGUGAUUGGGUGUGAUUAGCCCAAAGAUGACCAUGUGACCCAGCAGGGCCAAUGGGAGCCAGGUUUGGUCUUUUUUGGGGACUCAUGGGAAACUAACUGAACUAUGAAUAUGGUGGUCUGAUGCUGCUUAGUAGAGUCUCUCUGCAGAUGAAAAUAACAUAGGAAAAAAAGAAAGAGAAAGAGAGAAAGAAAAAGAAAGAAAGAAAAAAAGAAAAAGGUCUGGGGUUUAAGCUCAGUGGCAUAAGCACCUGCCUUGCAAGCAGGCGGUCAUGAGUUCAAUCCCCGGUACCGAUAAAAAAAAAAAAAAAAAAAGAAAGAAAGAAAGUUAUUACAUAGCAAAGAAGACCAGGGGAUGGGACAUACCUAGAGUCAUCCUGAAGUCAGAAUUAUCUCUUUAAUUUACCAUUUAAUUUAAUUUACUACUACAGGGCUGGGGAUUUAGCUCAGUGGCUUAAGUGUCUUCCUGGCAAGCACAAAGUCAUGAAUUUGAUUCCUGGUACCAAAUAAUAAGAAUAAUAAUUUACCACUACAUUUAGGUAGGCCAAGUAGUAUUAAUGGUAGGCAUAAAAUUAAAGAGUGACUCGGUUAGGUCUUGCUUUGUUUUGUUUUUGCUUUAUAUUACUAGAGAUUGAAUUCAGGGUUACAUCGCCAGCCCUUUUUAUUUUUUUAUCUUAUUACUUAUCUUGUGUGUUAUGGAUGGAGCCCAGGGCCUUCACACUGAGCUAUCCCUGACUCCCCAUCCCUUUAUUUAUUAAUUAAAUGUAUCAGUACAUCUUAGAUACACAUAAUGAUCACAUUCACCAUGGGGAAUUUGUGCCUGUGCACGAUACAACUUGAUUCUUUUUUUCCCAGUCCCCUAGCUCCCUUCGACUCCUCUUCCCUUCCUUAUUUACAAAAGGCUUCUUUUCACUUUUCCCUUUUAUUCUCAUUUUUCCCCUUCCUUUCCCCCUCUCUCCUCCCUUGUUCCCCUUUCCAUCUGAACAUCUUCCUAUUUCACAAUAUUUAUUAUACAUUUUGGUUCUUUUUUAUAUUUUUAGUUUCUCUCCUGAGAAACAAGAUGGUAUUUACACGUGUGUCUAAUUUAUUUCACUUACGAGUAUGUUCUCAAGGUGCAUCCAUUUACCUACAAAUCUCUCAAGAUUACCCUCUUUUAUGGCUGAGUAGUACUCCGUUACAUUAAAGGAACCACAUCUUCUUUAUCCAUUCACCAGUUGAUGGACAUUUGGGCUGUUCCAAGAUUUAGCUAUUACAAACUGUGCACUGCAAACAUGGGUGUGCAUACAUCACCAUGGUACAAUGCUUUCAGUUCUUUUGGGAGGAUACCAUGAAGAAGAAUACUUGGGUCCAAUGGAACUUCUGGUCCUAGUUUUUUGAAGAAUUUCCACACUGAUUUCCACAGUGGUUGCACCAGGCUACAUUCCCACCAACAGCAGAGGCAGAUUCCUUUUUCCUCUCAGCCCCACCAGCAUUUGUUGUUGGUUGAUUUCUUGAUGAUAGCCAUUCUUUCUGGAGUGAGAUGAAAUCUUAUCAUUGUUUUAAUUUACAUUUCCUGAAUAAUCAGUGUGUUGAAUAUUGUUUCAUAUAUUUGCUAUUUGUACUACUUCAUCUGAGAAGUGUCUACUCAUUCCAGAUGCCCAUUUUUGGAUUGGAUCUUUAAAUUUGGGGACCUUGAGAUAUAGCUUAGUAGCAUAAGCACCUACCUAGCAAGCAUAAGGUCCUGAGUUUGAUUCCCAGUACAAAAUAGUAAUAAUAAUAAUAAAUGUGGGUGGUCUUAUUUUAUUAAUUCUUUAUAUAGUCUAGAUAUCAGUCCUUUGAGGAAGAGAGCUGGCAAAAAAAAACUUUUCUACACUGUAGAUUGUCUCUUCACUCUUUUGGUGGUUUCUCUUUCUGUGCAAAAGCUUUUUUUUUUUUUUUUUGUCUUUUUCCUUUUUAUCGGUACCGGGGAUCGAACUCACGACUGCCUGCUUCCAAGGCAGGCGCUUAUGCCGCUGAGCUAAACCUCCAGCCCCACAAAAGCUUUUUAAUAAAAUGAGAACCCACAUGUGGAUUCUUUGUGGUAAUUCCUGAGUGACUAGAAUUUUGUUCAUAAAGUCUUUGCCUACACACCAAUAUCUUCAAGAGUUCUACCUAUUUCACCUUCUAGCAGAUUUAAUGUUUGUGUUUUAAUAUUUAAGUCUUUGAUCCAUUUUGACUUUAGUUUAGUGCAUGGUGAAAGAUAUUAGUCUAGUUUUAGUAUUCAGCAUGUGGAAAGUUAGUUUUCCUAGCACCAUUUAUUAAAGAGGCUAUCUUUCUUCCAGUGAAAGUAUUUUGCACCUUUGUCAAAGAUAAGGUAGCUAAGUAUGUCUGGAGUUGUUUCUGCAUCUUCUAAUCUGUUCCAUUGAUCCUCUGGUCUGUUUUUGUUUGUUUGUUUUUUUUGCUUGUACCAUGCUGUUUUUAUCAUAGUAGCUUUGCAGUAUAAUUUCAAGUCAGAAAGUGCAGUGCAUUCUGCCUUGCUUUUGUUGCUCAGAAUUGCCUUUACUAUUCUAGGUCUUUUCAGGUUCCAAAUGAAUUUUAGGAUUAAUUUCUCUAAUUCUGUAAGAUAUGCUGUUGGGAUUUUGAGUGGAAUUGCAGUUAAAUCUGUAUAACAGUUUUGGAAAUAUGGCCAUUUUCACUAUAUUAGUUCUUCCUACCCAAGGGCAAGGGAUACCCUUCCAUUUUCUGACAUCCUCUUUGAUCUCUUUUUCAGAUGACCAUAGUUUUCAAUGUAAAAGUCUUUCACUUCCUUCAUUAGAUUGAGUCUUCAUUUUUUUAGGCACUAUUGGGAAAGAUGUUGUUUUCCUAAUUUCUCUCUCAAUGAGUUUGUUAUUUGUGUACAGGAAUAUUAUUGAUUUUUGAGUGUUUAUAUCCAGCUAAAGGACUGAAUUUGGUUAUUAAAUCUAUAAGUCUUUGGUGGAAUUUUUGGGGUCUUCUAUGUAGACUAUCAUUUCAUCCACAAAUAAUGAUAGUUUAACUUCUUUCUUUCCUAUCCUUGUUCCUUUUUUUCACUAUCUAGUCCAGGCGGCCUCAAACUUGCAGUGAUUCUCCUGCCUCAGCCUCCUGAAUGCUGGGAUUACAAGCAUGUGCCACUGCACCUGGCAAUCUCAUCUCCAUUUUGGCCAGUCAAGCCAGCUUCAUCUGUGUAAUAUCUUUCAAUCAGUACGCAGCUUCAUCUGUGUAAUAUCUUUGAAUGGAUUUACAUAGACCUAGGUGGUAUAGCCUAAUUGUCUACCUAGGCUCUCUAUAUAAGAUUUAGAUAGAUGAUAGAUAAUAGCUCAUUGCUCCUAGGUUAUAAACCUGCACAGCAUGUUUUUGCACUAACAUUUUAUUUUAUAAAAAAUAAAAAGGGCCAGGUGUGGUGCCACACAUCUGUAAUCCCAGCACUCAGGACUCCGAGGCAGGAGAGUCACUGCAAAUUCGAGGCCAGCCUGGACUACAAAGUGAGUUCAAGUCCAGCCUGAACUGCAUAGUGAAACCCUGUCUCAAAAGGACAAAAAUAAAUAAAAUGAAAUGAAAUAAAAUAAAAUAAAAAGGGAUGCAGAUACAGUUCAGUGGUACAGCAUCCCUAGGUUCAGUCUCCAGUACUGCACACCUACAUACAAAGUACACAAGAAAUACUGAAUGAUAGAAACUUUUGAGCUCCAGCUCCGUUAGAAUCUUUUGGGAUCACUAUGACCUACGCAAUCUGUGCUUGACAGAAGCAUCCUUAUCUAACAUGUGACAGUAUUUUAAGUUUUCUUCAAAAUAAAAAUUGCUUUAAAAGAAAGAAAUGACCAGUGCUGCAUGAGAGGAUGGGCCCUGAGCUUGGGCCAGCCUGGAGCCAGAGCGGGGCCUGGGCUGGGGCCGAGCUGGCGCAGAGACGGCCCUUCCGCACAAGAGCCCCAGUGUUCCCUGGACCCGGCUACUGUCCAAGAGCAACAUCAUUGGCACCAGCCAACCUCAGCCUCUCCCCCACGACUCUGCUCGCAGGCAGGUGGGCUUGGCCUCAGGAGACCCUCCUGGCAUGGCAAGAGUGCAGUCUGCCUGGGGCCUGACACAUCACGUGUCCUCCAUAGUACUGGCCACGAGGCAAGGGCAAGCAGUUUCCAGACACAGCUCCCACUCCCUCCCAUGCAUGUAGCUUCAGGGAAUUCAGGGCUUCGCCACCUCUGGAAGCUGUCACUAAGAAUGCUGAGGGUUGGGGUAGAGCUCAGCGGAAGGACAAGGGUUUAGCAUGUGCAUGGCCUGAGUUCAAUCCCCAACACCAGAAAUAAGUAAAUAAAUAAGAAAAGUUUAAAAAGAAGAAGAAAGGCAUGGAGGCACAUGUCUGUAACCCCAGUGCUCAGAAUCAUCGUGAGUUCAAGGCUAGCCUGGGCUGGAAUACAUACGGAGACUGUUUCAAAAAAAUAAAAAACAGGAGAAGGAGUCACUCAUGAGUAUGGUGACACCCCUAUAAUCCCAAUAAUCUGGGAGACUGAGGCAACAGGAUUGCAAAUUCAAACCCAGCCUGGGAAAUUUAGUGAUUUAUCAAGACCCCGUUGCCAAAAAAAGGUUUUAAAAAAUAAAAAAUUUAAAUGCUGGAAGCCAUGUGUGGUGGCUCACGCCUGUAAUCCCAGCACUUGGGAGGCUAAGGCAAGAGGAUCAUUUCGAGUUUGAGACCAGCCUGAGCUGCAAAGUGAGCUCAAGGCCAGCCUGAACUGCAUAGGGAGAUCCUGUCUCCAAAAAAAGACAAAAAAAAAAAAAAAAAAAAAUUAAA